AUUAUUAUUUUAUUAAAGUCUUUGAGAGACUGUUUUACAAAAUUAAUCUCCUCUGAAGUAAUUUCCUAUUCCAAUUGUUGAUUUUGUUGUCUAUCUUUUGUAGCAUUAGAUUUCUACAUGUCUUUGGGAACUUGAGUUUGUUUAUUUUAAGUAGCAUCUCUCUAUUUCUCUUCCUUUCCCUCUUUCUCUCCUUCUGUGUAAAACACUUCCUUUCUAGUUGCUUUUUGUGACUGUCUCAUUUGCACCCCUACCCCUGAUCUAAUGUCCAGAACCUGGUCUUAAAAUGACAAUAAGUGGCUCUUCUCCUGUAGAGAUAUGGGGAUGUUGUGGAUUCAGGUAGAGUGCCAACAGUUUCUAAUUGAGAAUAAUAAUCAAUAUUUACUGAGUUAAUACUAUAUGCCAGGCACUAUUCUACAUAUAUUAUUUCAUAUAAUGUUCCUAACAGUUCUAUGAGUUAGAUACUACUACUACUAUUGCUACGACUACUAUGACUAUUACUUCUACUAUCACUACCACAAUGAUGACCAUUUUACAAAUGAGUAAAUUAAGGCAUGUUAAAUAAUGCCUUUAGUGAAGACAAACCAGAACAUUUGAAUGAAUGAAUGAAUAAAUAAUCCAUUGUUGCUGGUAGCAGAUAGACUGAACUCAGACCAAAUUAAUUUUCUGGCUUUUUUUCCCUAUCAUUAUUAACCAAAACUAUGGGUAUAUGUCACUGGAAUAUAAGUUUGUAGUUUAUAAUAGUCAAUUUUAUUGAUAUGAAAUUAUUUUAUUUCUAUGAAAUUUUUGUAGUCCUAUAGACAAGUACUCUCCUACUCCAAAUCUCUAUCCAACUCUCACCCAUAGAAAGCACUUUAUAAUGUCAAGGGAAAAGAUGUGAUCCAAAGGGCAGGCUGAAAUGCUGAAAGUGAUACCUAAUAGUACCUAUCUCAUCUUUUUUGACUCUCAUGUUAAUUUUUAUUAUACUUAUUUUACAUAUGAAUAAAUAGAGUCUCCAGGAGUUAAAUAAAUUGCCUAAGGAUAUAUUGCUAGUGGGGGACAGACUCUGAGUCAGGAGCCAAACUUGUGUCUUCUGAUUCUUAAUUAUUCUUUGCAUGUUUUCAUCAUACCAUGAUACCCACCUGUAAUGAAAUACCCACCUAUAGCAAGAGAGAAACAGCUCCCCCUCCUCACCAUUGUUAUUUCUUAUAGAGAUGUUUAUAGUUAUGGUAGGUUCUUCAGAGAUCACGGGCGGGAACUUGGAUGUCUCAGAAAAGAACAUCAAGGACUUUAUGGAGGCACUCCAAGUUGCUGGUCAGUUGUCAGCAGAUAAUGUCUUACAAACGCUCAAGUUGCUGAAAGUCAAAAUCCUAAAUAACAAGAUGGCAACUCCACGAUGCCAGAAGGUGACAGAUAUCAUCGUUGACUACAUGAAGACCAUGAAGCCAGAGGGAGAACUGGAGGAGUUGUGCACUGAAGUCCUAUUGGCUCUGGGGUUCCAGUCUCCAGGAAUAGUCAUCUUCAAGCUGUGGGACAGAUGGCAUUUGAACAACCUGCCCCCAAACGGUCUCCUGGUUGCAGUGGGGAGACUCAUCUUCUGCCAGGGUGCAGACCCCUACAUUGGUGUCACAUGGGAAUAUAUCCUGCACCUUCUGAGGAUGGCCCAAAAGGAGGAUGACAUGUUGGCAGUAUGUCAUGUGCUCAAAGGAUUGGUCAUCAGUGCCCGGAAACAUCUGGAUCUGGGUACUAAGAAUGAUGAAAUAAUGGACAUCACACAAGAGGCGCUGUCCAUCAAGGCUUACCUCACCCUUCGGGUUCUCUUCAAUCGUUGGUCCCUGAGGAGCAACAACAAGGUGACAGAGGAAGCUCUGGUGAUAAUUGGUCAUCUCUUCUUCCUCAUUCCACCAUCCAAACUCAAGAAUCAAGUGAACCGUUUAACCCGAUGGUUAAUGACUUUGAUGUCUGCAAAAGUGGCACCUUUCUACAUUUCCCAGUGUAUCUUCCAACUUAUAGAUGCUCUGGCUCUUAGUGGCUGUGGAGGUAUAAACUUGGAAUCCCAGCUGGGAAAUAUUAUAGGCAUGCUGUUCAAACAGCUGAGUGAAACAGUUGAGGACUCAAAUCAUCACUCUGUACAGGACCACAGCCUUGCCCUGAAGGCCUUCUAUAUCCUGACCAAGUUAUAUAAUGAUCGGGUGGUAACCUUAAUACGAGAGAACAUGGAAUCCAAGGAUCCAGCCAAGAUAGUAUCAACCAUUCAAAUUUUCACAGAUGUGCUCCAGAAAGUGCCCCAGACAGAGCAACUGAAGAAUGAGGUGAUGCAUUCAGUCAUAAUCAUGAUUCAGGAGGAUCUCAAACCAGUGCGAAGGGCCCUCCUGAACUUCAUCGAGAUGCUGAUCCAGCAUGACUACUUGGCCCCGCCCCAGGGGAGCAUCAUCAUCAACUAUGUCAUCAAGCUCAGCGAGUCUGACUGCUCAAAUGAAGAGGACAUCCAACUAACGUGUUCCCAAAUCCUACAGAUGGUAACCUUGCCCAAACUCAUCACCUUGGUAUGCCAGCCCAGCAACACCUUGGCCUUUGUGCCCCUGAGUAAGAUGGCCACGAAAAUGGCUCUGAGGGCCCGUUCCCUGGGCCAGGUUCCCUACCUCAGCAGCUUUCACCUCAGGCCUACCCAGUUCAUCUCCCCACAGAAACUCCUGACCCAUCUUGUGAUGUUUUCCCUGAAGCCCUAUAGAGAAGGGGAGUUUGGUGUAAGCUCUCUAAGGCUACUAUAUGCCCUGCAUCCUAUCACCUCCCUGCACCCCGUCAUCAACUCGAAUGUGGGCCAGCUGUGGAUGACGGAGAUCCCACAGAUGUUGCAGAUGCUGGAUGAUCACACUGAGAAGAGCCUGAAUCAGGAGGAGUGGGAAGGCAGGCUGCUCCAGUUUUCAAGUCAGUCAUUAUUGGCUAUCGAUGAUGACAGCUGGCUGGAGCAACUCAUUAAGGUUGUCUUGGAGAGGAUAAAUUAUUUCAGCGAUGAUGAUGAAGAGGAGAAGUUCUGGGAGAACAUAAAGUUCUGGCUCACUUUGAGCUGUGGCAUGAGGUUGAGGCUAUUCCUAUUACAGGGCAUUGCUGUGGCGCUCAGUAUCGUGUCCAUGAAACAUCUGAAGGUAACCCUGGACCAACUGCAAGCAUAUAGUGCUAUACUCACUGACAAGAACUCAUCAUCCAUCCUCAAACUGAUGAAGGAGCAUCAGCAAAGGGAAUGGGGGCUGGUCUGUAACAUCAUCUACUUAAGCUAUAGCAAGAUUAUUUCAGAGAGCAAGGGAGCCAUCUUCAAGCAUUUAGAUGACAUCCUGGCCAUUGUCCUGCAACACUACCGCAACUGUAUUGUAGAAAAGGAUAAGAACCUGAAGCUGGAGUACCUGGAUGCCCUGACCAAGCUAAUAAACAUCUUGAGCAGCCAGCCCAUGGCCUUUCAAUUCAAGUUCCCUCAGAAAAUAGAAAUUGUAACCUUUAUGAUGGAGUUAAUCAGGGAGGAGCCAUUGAAUUCCGUCUCCAGUUCCAUUAGGCAGAGGGCAAUGAACUUCAUCACUAACUUCAGGAAGUUCCAUCCCCUCACAGAGGUGGAAGAAAGAACAGAGCUACUCCAAACGUGCUUUCAGAGUGUGCUAUGCCUGCCAUCCACAGAGGAUUUGCAGAAGGAGGCAUCCAGUUCCCAGGAAGCCCAGGCCACUGAAGAUUUGCUCAUGGAGACCCUUCAAUCCCUCCUAAGGCUAAUGGAGACACUUAUUGUUGAGAUGCCUUCUCAGAUCCAGUACUGUUUGGAGCAUCUGAACAUAUGGCUGAAUUCCCAGAACGACAAUGAGAGGGAACGGGCCAUGUGGUGUGCUGCCCGUAUUCUUGGCUUCACUGCAAAAUGGAACAACUUUGGAGUGGAGAUCAAGUUCUCUCGGUUGGGGUGCUUGGUAAGGCUGCUGGCCAUGCGCUGCCAGGACCCAGUGGACAACAUCUGCUUCCUGUCUUCACAGGCAGUCUACAAUCUCUAUUGUAUCCUCCUGCUGCAAAAGCAGAUGCAAAGGAAAAAACAGGGCUUAUGGGAAGAAGAGGGCAAGAGUGAAGUCUAUAGUGCCAACGUGUUCUAUAACAACACCUUUGAGAUUGCCAAGGCAUUUGCAGAGUACUUCACCGAGAUGCAGCUCACCCACCUGGUGCUGACGGCCAUGGAGGGUCUGACUGACAGCAAGGCCACGGUGUCUCUGGCAGCAGCCCAGCUGAUGAGUGCUGUCAUGAAAGAACGGGGCAGAGAUAUGAUAAAGAUUGAAGAAAUUGUGGAGGGGAUUGUGGGACGGCUCAACUUACAGCUGGAGCCCAACACGAAGGAGGAGACAAUGCGGGCCAUGUGCUUGCUGGCUGGCAACAACACCCACAGGGUUGUACCCAUGCUGCUCAACAAGACCCUGCCUUGGGACAGAACCAAUCUGGCCCUUUGGAAGGCAUUUGGCACCCGGCGAGAGACCACAAUCAGCGUCCUGCAGCUGCUCAUAGGCAUCCUGGAAAAGCUCCACUCCAGAGAGGAAUCUAGGGAGAUGGCCUUCCAGCCUGUGGCGGUGACAUGUGCUUUGUGUGAGAUGCUGUCAGGGUCCCUGUGCCAGGAGGCUGUCCAGGAGCUCUACCCCCGGCUGUUGCUGGCUAUACUGCAUCAUCUCUACUGGGUGAUUGAACAAAACGUCCCCCAGAAGAUGGUGGUCUACAACAGGGAGGAGGGCCCAGGCCACAAAAGCAAGCCCUUUGAUCCUACUAGUUGUGCCUUGGAGGUAGUGAAGCUGGUGUUCGUGGCAGCUGCAUAUGAAGGAGUGGUGGUCUAUGCAAAUCAGCAUCACUGCUGGGACCUUCUGUCCAGCCCCAAGUUUUACUACAUAGGGAUCAUGGACCUGACAAGUGGCAUUGUGAAGAACUGUGAACCUGCCAUCCUGCAUCGAAUCCUCAACCUCAUCAGGAACAUCCUCUAUAGCUCCAACUAUCACAGGAGGAUUCUGGCCAGGACUUUCUAUGCACAGCUGCUCUGGCACCGAUCAGUGGCUCAGACUGUGGGGCAAGACUUUUUGGGCAAUCUAAUCAAGUGGACCAACGAGCCCAACAUCAUUAUGAAAGAAGUUGGGCUCCGUGGAAUCAGUAACCUUGCAUUGCACCCAGGACAAUCAGAAUCUCUGAAGAGCCAGGUUCCAUUCUUGCGAGACUUCCUGAAGAAUGAGGCACGAGUGACAAUGCAGGCAGUAAAGAGCCUACGGAACAUCAUCUGCUUUGGGAAGCAACAGAACACCAAGGUGGUAUUUUGCAGCAUCUCCAAGCAGCUGCGUCCACUCAUCAAUGAUGAGAGGGACCUGGUGAAGAUCUCGGCCACCUCUGCCCUGGGCCACAUGCUGCAUCGAGUUCACAAAUUCAAGCCGGGAGCCAUCACCCGAAGAGAGAUCUACAGUUUUCUAGUCCCGCUGCUGCUUAGCAUUCAGGAUAAUAACACCGAGGUAGUCAAGGCCUGUGGAGGGGCCCUGACUGAGUGGACUAAGGUGAUUGGCUGGUCAUCACUCACACAGACAUUCCAGCACACCACCCUCAGUGAUCACAUCCAGGUAUUGGAAGAAACGUGCAAGUACCUGGUGGGCACAAAAAAAAUACAGCUUGUGGGGGAGUUUCUGUCCCAGAGCUUCGACUUCCUGACGAGCCCUCAGUCCUUCCUACGGGAAGCUGCCAUCAACUUCAUAGGAUUAACAAUUAAGAGGUUAACAAUGAAACAAAUUCAUGAGGAUGAUGUGGAGCUGUUACAGAAUGCUAUUGGAAGUCUGAGGAAUGAUCCUGUGGAAUCUAUCCAGUAUUUGGUCACUACUACCCUGAAAAACCUUGAUGAAUAUCUUAAUCCCGAGUCUAUCUCUGCUUCCAGGAUGAGCCAGCUGAGCAAUAACAUCUUCAAAGUCACUGGCAUGAAAACCUCAGAAAGAAAGAAGCGACUGUUUAAGACUGCCAAACAGGAAAGAGAUGAUGAUGACAAUCAGAAAAAGAAUAUCUGGAAUUGGCUUCGAGGCCCUCUAAAUUCCUUGUGCAACUGGCACAAUAGGAGAGUGAAAACUACUCCACUCAUAAUAGGCAAUUCAGAUAAAUAAUAUGGUCACAGGUCCCAACAUCUGAAAGUCCACCUACAGAAGCUGGGCCUGCCCCUAAAUAAGUUGCACCUAAUUGCUCUGGGACUGAAGCCUUUUCCAUUUGUUGUCCAGAUAAACAGUACUUUGAUUCACAGUAGCUCUCCUACCUUUUUCCAACUGGAUGGGCUACCUGGGAUUAAACCCAAGGAGGCGGUUUUGAUCCUAGAAGGCACAGUAUGUGUCUCUCCCUAGGGGAUUGUUGGCUAUCAGCAUAUACAUUUGUCAAUAAAACUUAUUUUCUCAUCCUAA